AUGACAGGAGGAAAGGAAAAAGAGAAAACCCCUCACCAUGAGAGGAAAUCAUUUGCUCAUGGUGUGUUGUUCCUGAUGAGGAUUGUGGUUAGUGGUGGCACGUCAGAGUUUUGGUGGACCGAUCUUACUUUACAAAGUCAGUUCCUCCUAGAAGAAUCCCGCCUGAUCGAAGCAGCUGAAAUGGCAAAAAAAGCAGCUGAACUUGAUAAUACGGAGUUUGAUGUUGUUUUCAAUGCAGCCCAUAUGCUCAGACAAGCCAGUCUUAAUGAAGAGGCCGAGAAGUAUUAUGAAAUGGCAGCAGGAUUAAGACCUAAUUAUCCGGCUGCCCUAAUGAAUCUUGGAGCCAUUCUCCAUCUAAAUGGUAAACUGAAAGAGGCUGAAGAAAACUAUCUCCUUGCUCUUCAACUUAAACCUGAUGAUGUGAUCACCCAGUCCAAUCUUCGCAAAUUGUGGAACAUCAUGGAGAAACAAGGUUUGAAAACAUCCAAAACAUGAUGAUAGAAACUGAACUUUUUUUUCUUAAGUUGAUUAAAUCCAUGAACAAGAAACUUCCACACAAUUGUCAGGUCAGAGAACGGGUUGGACUUGACGGCAAGGAUCAGAGGUCCUAAUUGCUGCUAGGAGAAGCUAUUCUGCUAGAUAAAUAGAAAAAAGGAGACUUUGAGGUAUUCAUGAAGGACUUGUUACACAACAAAAAUAUUUGGAACAAUCACAGAUGAGAGAAGUUGUUUCRGCAUAUUUGAUAAACAAUUGCAAAUCCCUUAUUGCUUACUUUUGGUUGGGUGUAUACUUGAAAUGUAUACUGUCAUAGACAUACAAAGGGAAAAUUGCACAGUAUACACUAAGCCAUAUGGGAGUUAAAGUGGUAAUAGUAGGUUAAAGUAUUUGGCUGAUACUCUAACUCAUUAAAAUGUGUACUAAAUUCAGUGUGUUGCAGUUUGUCUUAAUGAUGCUGUAUCUCACUUUUGAACCACUUGCUUACCCAUUUAACAUUUUAUAUGGCCAAUUUUUUUUUUCAAACCUGUCACAUAAUUAGAUUACAGAAUUCAAAGUUGUUUACUGAGAUAUGUCUGUUACUUCAGUUUGUUACGGUGCAGUUUUCUUGAGAUACAGAGUCAAAUUUCUGUGAGGUAGACAGAAUCACCAAGGAACUAUCUGUGUUCUACAUCAGAUGUGGUAUUAAGCUUGUAAAAAAAAGUCCAGAGUUGUGAUUUAGCAAUACAAGCAAGAAUGAUAUUUGCUCUGAUACCAAAUCAGUGUCGUCMGACUGUAAUCUUGGAAAAAAUAAUUGGUAUUAUAGAAUAAUGUGUUUAACUCUCUUUAUUUUGCUGUCAGGUAAGUCCAACUUUUAAGUUGGACUCUACAUAUGAUAUUUUACAAUAACUACUUAAAAUGAGAUUUGAAAACAUUAGUGUUCGGAUAUGCUAAAAUGAGACUUCAUGAGCAACUCAGAGGAAAGGGAGUGUUAUACAUUGAUGAGGCUAGGAAAUAACUGAAGGGACUCAAUUAUGCUUAACAUAGUGUAGAUUAAGAGGAAUGAGUAACGGUGGUUGCCAGUUACUUUUCACAUUGUUGGUGCUUAAACAAACCUAUUCAGAUUCUAACAAAAUAUUAGCAUUCUGUUUGUAUUCUGACACAUGCUAGCAGCAAAGCUGUUAAAUAUCUACACUUUUGGUGAGGUUCAAUUUAUUUAUGUUUCAGAAUGAUUUAAUCUCAUUACUGUUUUAGUCUUCAGAUUUUAAAUGUAAAAAUAAUUUAUUUUAAAUCGAAGUGUAUGAAGCUUUAGUAAUUUUUUCCCAGGCCAUUUGUUAACUGCUUUCUUUCUUUGGAAUAAGUAUUAUUGCUGUAAGAAAAUUUACUAUUUCAUUUAAUAGCCCUUUGGUAUCUGCUUCAGUAUUCCUUACAUAAUGAUAGAUAAAAUGUUGAAAUGGUAGAGCACCUUGAACUGAAGCUUCUUCAGGAUCUUCUGUUAAAAACUCUUUAUUACUGAGAAGAGGUUUGGGGUUCCUAGUUUAUGUAUUCCUUUUUAACUGUUGAACACCAUUCCGACAAAAAUGUAGAGAAGAACACUUUGCUGUAUUUAUUUAUUUAUUACUUGACUGCAGCAAUGUUACCUGCCAUUAACACAACAGUCUCUAAGUCUUUCUAUUUCUUGUAUUUGGUUUUCCUUGCAUUUUUUUUUUUUUU